UGAGACUCGCCGUCCCAGGUACGUAGUUCAUCGUGAGCCCUUCUUUAAUACCUUCCUAUAUGCCACAGCGUCACGCCAUGAAUAUUUCUAAAGAUUACUUGGAAGGAAGCUGGCAGGAAGUGUCUUUAUAGCCGCCACGGAUAAACUUCCGGGUGACGUUUAACUCUUUAGCGGCCGGAAUCUCGUGUAUUGAUGUCAUUUACAUUUUUUUAGAAUGCCCGACUACUUUGCAAAUAAUACAUGUAUAUAUAAAGUAAUUACUUUUAAAGCGGCUCCGGGAAAACGAAGAUUGUAUAUGUUAAUUAAUAAUUUUCAUACGUAUUUAAGCUUAAUGCUUACAUUUUAAGGAAACACAAUUGAAAAUGGAAAUAGAUAGAUAGAUAGAUAGAUAGAUAGAUAGAUAGAUAGAUAGAUAGAUAGAUAGAUAGAUAGAUAGAUAGAUAGAUAGAGUUUAAGUAAACACUAAUAUGGAUAGUAGUGUUUUUUGUGAAAGACGGUUAAACUCAUUUGGUCACGAUGGAUACGGUGCCCUUAAAAACGUCAGAGUGAGCGGUCUUUCCAUUCAUUCCCUAUCCUCUUUGAGAACACAAGGAAAAGCUAAGGCGAGCUCAGUGCCAUUCAAUAAUUUCCUGAUUUUUGUGUUGAGCUCUACUUCUGGGAACAACGGAAACACCGUGGUUGCCAGUCCCUUCUAGUCGGCCAAUAUAAUAAGUAGGAUGACGACUGCCAAGGAGCGCAUUUAGCUGGCUUAUCACCGUCAGAUGCAGUGAAUGUUGAAAUCUGCCUGGCCCUUCCUUGACUUGCAACUUGGACCAUAACCUCGGGAAACUGCCAUAUAAGAAAAUGGACGCUCCACAGUAUCCAGGCUACCCUUCACACUACUGGUACCCCCAGUCUCAUUCCACUGGACACUAUGCAAAUACCUACCCCUCUGGAUCUGAUGGCCAGCCACAGUAUAAUCCACAGGUACUGCCUGGAGGUUUUCCAGAUGGACACGGUGUCUACAGCCCAGCACAGAGUCAGUAUUCAGCAAGUGGUUUCCAUCCAUCCAACCCUUUCUACUGUGCUGACCCUCAGAGAGCACCUCCAGCACCUUACCCCAACCAAAACUGUCCAGCAGAGCAAAGCACUGGGCCAGCUGGACAGCCACACUCCCAAAACCAGCACUAUGCUGGUAUACACUGUCAAGGAGGUCCUGGAUAUCCUCAAGGGCCAUAUUCUCACUACAAUGAAGGUGGUCAUGCAAUGCCUCCGAACACCCUAUAUCCCACUGGCCAGUCUCUGCAUCCCAACCCCCAGGCUGAAGCUUGGACACACCCUGGUGCAUAUACAUCCUCACAGCAGCAGUGGCAGCCAGGCCAACAGCCUCCCCAGAGCCAUUAUGGAAAUCCUGUUCGUCCACUACAUCCUCCAGCUUGGCCAGGGACUGGAACUGGUGCACCACCACCUUAUCAACCUAAGGACCAGCUGCACCAGCGUGCACCACAAGUCGGACCAAAACCCAAGCCGAACACAUCCCCAAAUCGUACCAAUGGGAAACCUACAGAAAUUAGUUCACCUCCCCAAAUCUACAACAAAACAGGGAGAAGUGAUCCCUCACAAAGUGAGGCCCCACCCUCUGCUCCAACCCAAUAUCCUGCUCCGGCCAAUGCUGGAUCUCAGUCCCAGAGCGAUAACCCCAGUUUAGCUCGGGUCCAACAAGUAAUGGCUAGAGUGUUUCUGCUUCAGGAAGAUGUUGAUGAGUUUGUGGGCAAAAAAAUGGACAAGAGUUAUCGAUGCCUGGAGGAACUUCUGACCAAAGAGCUGCUGGAGCUAGACUCUGUGGAGACUCAAGGACUUGAAAAUGUCCGUCAAGCCCGAAAGGAGGCUGUACAAAGGAUCCAGGCCAUUCUGGACCGGCUAGAGAAGAAAGCCUUCUAAAGUGGCUCCUGUGUCAGUUUGUUGGUCCCUUUUAGAUCCUGAGCUUCCUUGAAGUAGAGUCUUCUAAACAGAUUCCCAAGAAGGAUUCUGUAGGCUCAGAUCUGCUGGUAUGUGUGAUGCAGUGCCAAACUAUCAACAUACCGAUUGUACAUAUCAUUAGGGAACUUCAGUUCAGUCGGUGACUGAAUUAUGAACAGGAAGAGGGAAUUAUUCAUUGUCACUUUCAUUCUUCAUCCUGCUGCCCCUUCUUGUAUGUCAGUUAUAAUCUGGUCUUCUGCCCCUUGCAACAUGCACAUUACGUCAACUGCCUGUCACAGUCCAGUUGCAUGAUCAUAAGGUCAUCCACACUACUCACAGAUCUACCACUAUCACAGAACAAGUUCAGUACGUUUCUUCAUAGUGCACCCUGCAUUGCAUGUUCACAAUACUUCCGAAUUCAAUGAACUCAUAAUUUGACCUUAAAUAAGUAAAAAGCUCUGAAAAUAACUCAAUUUGUUUUGGGCUUCUUUGAUGAAUUAAUAGUAAUGACUUUUAUUUACAAUAUACUGUAUUAAAACAUUCCUUUUUCCUCAUACCUCAAGCAGUGAAAGUAUAUUUUCCAAAAUCCAAUGUGAUUUGAAUGGACUUGUUUCUGUUUCUGUUUUAUCCUCAUUACAACAUAAAAAAAUCCCCACACACCUAACUUCCAAGUAGAACAAGAGAUAGUUUCCCCGUGAACAUUCAUGAUGUGUUGAUUACUACAUAGUGCCAUGCAUGGCACGGAUGUUUAAUAUAGCUAUAGAAAAAAAUAUUGCAAGUAUUGCAUGAAAAACAAUCAUCUGUCUAAUGUGUUCAUUUUCUUGUGCUUUACAUGGAUCCCAACUGUAAAAUUUCAGGUGUGAUGCAUGUUUCCAACACAGGAUGGGAAUAUUUGCCUGAUUUAGGGGGAAAAAAAAGUUCCAU